UCUGGGCUCCCCGUGCACUCCCGGAGCGCCACGCUCCAGUCUGCAACGCGCCCCUGCAGUAAACCUCACCCGGGGUAAGAUCGCGCCAACUUAGACUGAAAAGGCGUCUUGGAAACUGAGCAGCACGAGCCUGUCUCCCGGUUCCUGCUCCUGAUUCCUCCACGUCCCCAGCGUCCUGAGCGGCGACAGUGAGACCCUGCACGGAGCUGGAGAAACCUGUUCGGCAGGAGGCAGCUGCCGGACUCCCAACUUCCCGCACGGAGAGCGUCUCCAGAUCCCCGGAGGGCACCUUUGCAGCGGGGUAAUUCCCCCAGCUCGCCACUGACUUCGGGGUGCAGCGCGGAGCCGCGUGCAUGGAGAACCGCACCGAGCACCCUGACCGCGCGAACGCUUCGGGCCUGGGCACCAUGCCCCGGCCUCCGCUGGCUGUCCAGGUGGUGACCUUGACCCUGGUGCCCCUCGUGUGCGCCGUCGGUGUGGCGGGCAACGCCAUGGUGGUUCUGGUGGUGCUCCGGAGCCGCCAAAUGGUCACACCCACCAACUGUUACUUGGUGAGCCUGGCUGCCGCCGACCUGCUGGUGCUCCUGGCGGCCGGAGUGCCCACCGUCGCGGAGGCGGCGUCCACGCGGGUUUGGAUCUUCGGCCACGCAGGCUGCCUGGUCAUCACCUACCUGCAGUACGUGGGCAUCAACGCGUCCACAGGCUCCAUCACCGCGUUCACCGUGGAGCGCUACCUCGCCAUCUGCCACCCGCUGCGCGCCCAAACUCUGUGCACGGUGGCAAGGGCCAAGCGCAUCACCGCAUCGGUGUGGCUGGGCACCACCGCCUACUGCGUCCUCUGGCUCUUCCUGGUGGACACAAGCGAGACGGUGUACGCUGACGGCGUGCAGGUGCAGUGUGGCUACCGCAUGUCACGCUCUCUAUACCUGCCCAUCUACUUCCUGGACUUCGCGCUCUUCUAUGCGCUGCCCUUGGGCCUGGCCACCGCAUUCUACCUACUCAUAGUGCGCAUCCUCUUUGUGGGGCCGCUGCCGCCUGAACACCGGGGGCACUCAGGCUCUGCGCAGCUGGGUCGCCCAUCUGGCCACCAGCGCUAUUCCUCCAGGGGCAAGAGAGGCGCCCUCAACUCCCGGAAGCAGGUCACCAAGAUGCUGGCUGUGGUGGUGCUGGUUUUCGCUCUGCUGUGGCUGCCUUACCGCACCCUGGUGGUGGUGAAUUCCUUCCUGAGCCCGCCCUACCUCAACCCCGGCUUCCUGCUCUUCUGCCGCCUUUGCGUCUACCUGAACAGCGCCGUCAACCCCGUCAUCUACGCCCUUAUGUCCCAGCGCUUCCGGGAGGCCUUCCACGGACUGUUUCAGUGCCAGCGGGCUGGGCCCCAGCUCCCGCCGCCCCAGGAGGCCACCCCUGUGUACUACAGUGUCAUCAAAGAUUGUUCCCAGAUCAGGCUGGGCUCUUAGAAGCAACCAGGGAGCACAAUGUCCAGACCCAGAGGGGAAUCCUGGCCCCU